CGUUGUAUGUUAUUAAUAAAGCAGUAACCUUUUAUUAAAUUUAUCCAAGGGAUGCUUAUUCGUACAACGUCUUUAAUAAUACAAUGCAAUCCUAUUUCAAAAUCGUUACAAUUACUAAGAAAACACAGAUCUGCUAUCCAACUAUAGAUAUCCUUUAAAUCUGUUUACCUCAUUUGUCACUGAUGUUCAAAGGAUGAAACAUUCCGGCAAGAGGAUGACACCAAGUAAACGUUUCAAAAUAAUCACAUCAAUACUCACGAACAGAUACGUAGACAGACAUCAAAGCAGCCGCGCCAGACACUAGGCGAGAACCGUUUGUUAACACAAUCAAUGAAGACGUUCCCAACUCAAAUCAGCAUCAAAGUACACAUGUUACACUAUAAUCACACACACUAACACAGCAUCUACAAUAUUACGUACAGUAUUGGCCAAUCCCACAUAACCUUACACCCACACACUAAUAAACACAACUAAGAUUACAAGAACCUCCUUGCCCCUCUAAUACCUAAACAAAACAGACGACAGAAACGCAAUAAAGCUCGCGUUUCUGUAUCUAUCUCCAGCCGGUUACAUGGACCGGCGGACACCUUAAGUCCAAAGGAGGCAGUAACUGCAAUUAGUACAAUUAGUUGAGCCCAAUUAGGUGCUUUAACGAAGCGAGUUUCGUAACUAGUCGGGGAGUUUGGGUGACAAAUACUACGUUUGACGUCUGACCCGAGAUUUCGAUCAAACAGUGAUACUGUUUGUAAACUGUGUUUGUAUUUUGCAUUUAACAAGUGUCUGAACGUCGCUCGUGUUUACGUACAAACUGUACAGCAUAAUUAGGACAUCUCCGGUGACGACGUCACUGACUAGCUAUUAACCAGUCCUCACUCAAUACUGUGACAGCACUUAGGAUGUCUAGACAAGUCUUAAAUAUCACAUAUUUCCCGGUCCUAUUUAACUCACAUCACCGUAUUACUCAUGAGUCUAACUGGUGUAUUUCUUUACAGAAACAUGUCAUCUAAACGAAAGUCGCCUCCGUCGAAAUUGCAAGAAGGUGCCGCCGAAACAGAGAAGCCUGAAGCGGGCCCAGCCAACCUGGACUUCCCGGAACACCAGGAGUCUGACACCGAGCACCAGGGCUUCUACAAGUUCUCCCCUAGUUCCUCCACGAGAAGCUCCAUCAGCGAGGAAGACACCGCGACUUACGAGGACGAGCGACCCUCGAAAAAGCAAAGAUUCGAGCAAUCAUUAGACAUGACAAAUAACCUUCUAGUCCCAUCAUCUUUCUUAAGUCUCCACCAAGUGAACGAUCUUCAGGCUCGAAGGCGAGGCUCCUCAGAAUGCAGUAGUCCCGGCGCCGAGGCCAAGGUUUUGGGACUCUGCAACAACAACAAUUCAUUGCUGAAUCACAAUAGCGCGUUGUCAUUGACUGCACCUCACAAGCGUUCUAUGGAUGACGUCUUGAAGAGGUUAACGUCGAAAAUGAACAAUAGUACGAUUAAAGAGGAGAAGAGGCCCACACCCUCCACGACGCCCGUUAAUAAGAACAACGAGCGACGAGGAGUACUCGACGCAGCAGCACUGCAAGCGUUAGCUGGUGAAAGCGUAUUGGAGAAGGAAAGACAACUGUCCGAGAUGAUCCUACAGCUACAGAUGGUCAGAGAACAGCUAUUAGCGCAGCAAGAACACGCUAAGAACAUAGGCAACGUGACAGCAGAGCUGGAACUGCAGCGGCUGCAGCAGGAGCAGCUCCGGCGUCAGGAGAUGGUGCGUCGCGGUCAGCACGGCAUGUACGCCGGCCCGCACUUAGGACUGCUACCGUUGUUGGAGCAAAUGAGACCCCAGCAACAAUCCAAUGCAAUGUCAACGAACCAAUGGCCGGCGACAGCCCAGCUCGCUCAGCUGACAGCGAGCGCUCGGUCCCCUCCCCCCCAAGACCCGGACACCCCGCUGAACCUCAGCAAGCAACGCUCACCGUCGCCGGCGCAGCCCAUGAUGAUGCCUCGCUUCGUGCCAUACCCCCCAAUGGAUGAGUCGCAAUACAAUAUGCCGAAAGAAGAGGAAUUCAAUGCUGCGUGCAACACUUCGUCUUGGAGCCAAUCGCCAUCCGAGGAUGCGGAGAAAGCGAAGCUGGUUCGCCAGCCGCGACGCGACGAGACCGGCAAGCCACAUAUCAAACGACCAAUGAACGCUUUCAUGGUCUGGGCUAAGGACGAGCGCAGGAAGAUACUCAAGGCGUGUCCUGACAUGCACAACUCGAACAUAUCAAAGAUCCUCGGCGCGAGGUGGAAGGCAAUGUCCAAUGCUGAAAAGCAACCCUACUAUGAAGAGCAAUCGAGAUUAUCCAAACUGCAUAUGGAGAAACACCCUGAUUACAGGUACCGACCAAGACCAAAAAGGACAUGCAUAGUCGACGGCAAGAAGAUGCGGAUAUCUGAGUACAAGAACCUGAUGCGUACUCGCCGGCAGGAGAUGAGACAGCUGUGGUGUCGCGACGGAGGCAGCGAGAUGGGCUUCCUGCCGCCCGCGCUGUCGUCCCCCGGACCUUCCAACUCUUCGCCGCCCCCCAACGGCGGCAACUACAUGAACCCCGGUUUCUCCCCGCCGCUGUCGCCGCGGGAGGAUGAUUGAGGUACGGCGCGCGGCUGGCCCUACCCGCACGCCGCGCCCCUCUCCCUACCCCCUUCUCACCACCCCUGGUAAUGGCCGAGGACAGUUCUAGAACACUCUAGAACAAUGCUUCACAUUCAGAAGUUGGAAACAAAGACUUGGAGCAUGAAUCUGUAGUGUUAUCCUACACCCUCUUAUCGUGACUGCACAUAUUAAGAGGUUCGUGUAUAAAUGGUAGCUAUAAUGUUAUUGUGUGAGUUUUUGCCAGUGUCUCAAAUUGGAUCUCUCGUUUACAAAAUAACUGAUUAAUGAUAAUGAGAUUAUUCCAUUAGUGAAUUAAGAAACUUAUAACUUUUGACACUUUCGCCCGUAUAUUCGGUAUGUGCUUAAGCAGUGAUUAUUCCCAGUGAAAUAUUUGGAGAAAAUGAAAUAAAAUCGGAUGUAACAGAUCUAAGUACAGUAAUGAAUUAAGUUUGUAUAAGAUUUAGACAAUAUGUUACUGUACUGAGAUAUUAUCUUAAUAUCUAUUAGAAAAAGUCUUAAAAUUAUUCUUAUUUAAUAGUAUUAUGCGGGUGUAUAGUUUUUCUGUUAUGUAAAUAUCGCCCUUUAGGUUCGACCUAUUAGUCUAUCAAUGUCGGACUAGAAUCUUAGGAUAUUGGCACAUUUAGAUAAUCCUUUUAACAAAAGAAAUUGUGCCAAACGUUGUAUUAACCCAACACUACAUAUAAUUAGAAGAAAAUAUGUAUAUAUCUACGUAGACAUAAGUAAAUCAUUUCGAUUGAUAUUGUAAUUUAGAUGUAACCGGUUCCCCGGCAACAGUGCACAGACGGUGACUGGAUUCUUUGUAAAUAAAUAAAAUUCCCUUUGUAGAUAGUUUACUAGUAAGGUUUAUUCGGAUGUUCGGCUAGUUCUAGUGUAAGAUUCAGAGGUUAGAUUUAGUAUUAGUCGUAAUGGACUUUGAAUCUUGACUAUCGCGUGGCCAUGUUAGUAAAGCGAAGUUAAACUAUACGUUAUAUUGUAGCUGCUUUAGAAACUAAGCAAAUAAAAUGUAUCAAACCAAAAAUUUGAAGCGGAUUGCUUGAAAAUUUAAGUGUUCUGAACACGGGAACUGUUUUUAUUUAAAUUCAGUGAGAUCUAUGCAUAAUGGUUAUGAUAAAAUACUCAUAGACUAAGUACACAUUGGUAAUAGAUCCCUUAUAAAUAAGCAAUAUCAACACGUGCAUAUUAAAUGUUUAUCUAAUGACAUAGCCAAUGAAACGUAAAUGAAAUUAUAUUUAUAUUUAACGAAAAAAAGUUAGAAAAUGUGAUGUAACUGACAUUUUUUUUAAAA